AUGUGUUGUAUAAUAGAAGGAGAUGAAGAAGAUUUUUCGAACCUCCAAAAAAUCAAUACACAAAUUGUAGAAAAGUCAUUCUAAAUUCCAUAUUAAGAAGAACCGAUUCUAACUAGACUCGUCACAUCUUUGAAUCAAAAUAAAAUACACAAAAGGUUGAUGUGCUCCUUGUUUGUUAGAUUUGAAUAUUAUAUCACUUGUACGGAAUUCGACUUAGUUUUAUAUGAGGAAUAAACUAAUUAUAGUGAAUUAAUUAGGAUAGAUACAAAAAUAUUAGCUAAUGAAUUUUGUGAUGAAUUAUUUAGAAAUGAAGAUGAAAGUUUGAGUUUAUUUUGUCUCGAAUAGUCAACUUUAAAAUAAUAUUCUUUGUUUUUCCAAAAAAAUGUGAAUUCAAUUUUGGAACAUGAUGUUUCAAGACCAAAUCAAAGAUUAAUGCAAAAAAUAAUUUAAAUUGUAGGAUGA